AUGCCCGAAGCGGGCGAAAAAAUUGUGGCUGUUGAAGAGGCAACAAGGUUUAUGGUUGACUGUAUGGUCAGUGCGGGUUCUUCGAGGAGCCAUGCCGAACAGCUUGCCGAUGUACUAGUAGCAGGCGAUGUAAGAGGACAUUACAGCCAUGGGAUGAAUCGAUUAGAUAUGUAUGUCCGGGAUGUGCAAGAAGGCGUAUGUCGAAAAGAUGGCUCACCGAAAGUACUCAAAGAGCGCGCUGCCAGUGUUUGGGUUGAUGGCAAUAAUUUACUUGGUCCUGUAGUUGGUAAUUUUUGCAUGGAUUUGGCCACUAAGAAAGCGAAGGAGGCCGGUGUUGGAUGGGUCGUUGCUAGAGGAUCAAAUCAUUUCGGAAUUGCUGGUUGGUACAGCAUGCAAGCCAUGAAACAGGGACUUCUAGGGAUGGCUUUCACGAAUACCUCGCCAAUUAUGUAUCCAACGAGAUCCAGUAAGCCGGCUCUUGGAACGAAUCCGCUGACACUCGCUGCCAAAGCUACAAGAGAUGUUUUUGUACUGGACAUGGCUACAACCACUGUUGCUGUUGGAAAGAUAGAAAUAGCAGCGCGGAAAAGUCAAAGUGUUCCGCAAACAUGGGGUGUUGCAUCGGAUGGAUUUGUUAGCAGUGAUCCAGGAAAAAUUUUGGCUGGCGGCGGUCUUCUUCCUCUUGGUGGAACCGAAGUGGACGGUGGUUACAAAGGUUACGGACUGGCCGCACUGGUCGAGAUUUUUUGUGGAAUAUUAGGCGGUGCACACUGGGGUCCACAUGUUCGGAAAUGGAUGUCCACUGCUGCUGAUGCUGAUUUGGUAUGCUAA